UCUGUCACAAGAUGUUUAACAAGUUAUCAAUUUUCUUAUCUUAGCAAAAUAGCUGUAGAAAUAAUAUGAAAUUAUGAAAUAGUGCUUCUCGCAAAUGGUAGUAACUUAUAAACAAGAUAUGCCACCUGAUGGUGGUUAUAAGUUUACCACAUUUGUUCGGCAACCUGGUGUUAAGAAAUAUAAUGGGUGGUUUUGGUUGGGAACUUAUGCACUUAGUCAAUUAUUUACAGUGUUUGCCCUUCAAAAAAAUAAAGAAUAUAAACAAUUAUUACUAUCUGAUAUUAAUGAUGCUAAGAUAUCAUUAAUGCCAUUAUAUGCUGCUGAAAAUGAUAGAUUGUUUUUGAGACACUUAAAAAAUAAGUUUCAAGCUGAAAAAGAAUUAAUGAAAGAUAUUCCUGAUUGGGAGACUGGUAAAUUAUACAAGGAAAAAAUUUACAAAACACUCCCUCCCAAUGAAUAUUUCCCUCCAAAUUAUGAAGAAUUUUAUAAUCUUUCUACAACAAAUGCUUAUGGUUCAGAUGCAUAUUUUGAUAUCCUUCAUUAAGAUAUGUAAAUUAAUUUUUUCAAUAUAUUUAUUGUAUGUUAUUAUGGAUUUUAUAUUUAG